AUGGAAUACCUUGUACCUACCGGGAUGCACAUCAUCCCCUCUGGCCUUCUCGAUCUACGCCCAGAUGCCGACAUAGACUUUGACCUUCUACACCCCAAGCCAGUAAGGGGCGUCAAAAACAUAUGGUUCUUCUGGCACUCAGGCUACGCCAACAUGCACCCAUACACACAGCGCACAGUUCGUGCAUGGCACCGCCGAUUCACCAUGCAAGGGUGGACUGUGCGAAUCAUCGACCGGCAACCAGGGUCAAAAAGCAAUAUCGCUGAGUUCUUAGAUGUCACCGAUCCAGCACUUUUCCCACGAGCCUUUACAGAUGAGACUCUCACUGGCCCUUAUGCGCUACAACACACCUCGGACCUUGUUCGUUGGCCGCUGCUCCUACGAUAUGGGGGUGUCUAUGCGGAUGUGGGUAUGAUGCAAAUUGGCGAUCUGGAUACGUUAUGGACUUCGACAAUUGAAAACCCUGACUCUCCAUACGAGGUUCUAUCUUACACACCAAGUGGUGAGGAUCAUUACAGUUUAUGCAAUUAUUUCCUCGCCGCAUUGCCCAAUAACGCACUCUUCACUCGUUGCCAUCGUCUACUUGUCGCCCUUUGGGGCGCAGAUGGUGGUAAAACAAGCACCGAUGGCAUGCAUGCUAGCCCCCUCCUCCAAGGCGUUCCUUUGAUGGGUGGUGAAUUUACAAUUACCGAAGAUGAUGGGACUUUCAUCGGCCCUGCGGAGGUCAGCCGGCUUUUAACCGACUAUAUCAUCCAAGGCCAGGUGGCUACUGCAGUCAUGGGGUUGGUCGAUACCGAAGAUAAUUGGGACGGUCCAGCCUAUUGCAUGCAGCAUUUCUAUGCGAUUGAGUUCAUGGAAGGGUCGCAGCUCAUUAAUGAGCUAACUGCCUGGAAUGGACAGGAAGCAUUUGAUUUGUUAUCACUUCCCAUACCCAAAGAAGGAGUAGAAGAGUCAGAGAAACAAAAAAAGGCUUGUGAGGUUGUUGUGGCCUGUCUGUCGCGCAGCUUUGGCUUCAAGCUUGCUCACGGGCUCAUUCUGCGGGUUAACAAGGUCACUCUCGGCUCACUCUGGCGGGACAACCCGGGCUCGGAUAUCAUACCUGGUACCUAUGCGAGUUGGCUUCGUCACGGGAUUGCCUACUGGAAUCAAAAUGAAGUGCCUAGACGAGUGACGCUCUCGUUGAUCCCUCCCACCAAGGUUGGGAGAUUACUCGUGUGA